GUGUUGACGUAGUAGCGAGCUACAAUGUGGCGGAGCAGAUGUGACAGUGGAGAAACUGCUUAGGCUCACACUUAUAUUUUAAUACAGCGACGCGGAUUUGGUGAAGGCAAUACGAGCCUUAUACGAGCUGGUUGUUUUUUUUGGUGCGGUUUGGAGAGGUUUGGAGAUGUGCACGCAAACAAAGGCUGCGGCUCUCAUGGCCAACAUCUCCCCGGCAGACAUCGACCCGUCCGGAGUGUUUAAGUACGUGCUGAUCAGAGUUCACAGCCGGGAGGAGGGCGACGACUCGGAAAUGGACAUAGUCCGAGGAUACGGCUGGGCCGAGUAUCACGCCGAUAUUUACGACAAGGUUUCAGAGGAGCUGGAGAAAGGUGGCCACUUGGACUGCGAGUGCAUUGGAGGAGGGAGGAUCAAACAUGACCCCCAGGCCAAGAAAAUCCACGUUUACGGGUAUUCCAUGGGCUUCGGAAGAGCGAACCAUGCAGUGUCCACUGAGAAACUGAAGCCCGGAUACCCAGACUAUGAAGUGACCUGGGACAACGAAGGCUAUUAAAUUGAAUCAAUAGCAGAUGCUGGAGGACGCCUUUUGACACGGACUGACGUAGUACUUUUCUGUAGCACAAACACUUCUCAUAGCUUCUCAAGUCUACUUCUUGAAACCUCAUUUAAUUACCCAAGUCCGGAGUUUACUCGCAGUGAUGAAGAUAGUAAAUAACAAAUCAAGCAAAUAAAUGUAAAGCAGUUUCCUUUUUCCACUACAUUUCAUUCUAUUUUGUUCCUGAACAUAAUUUUUCCAUAACAUGUUGUAAUCUGGCAUCUGACGGAGUUUUAUUUCAUUCGGAAACAUGCUAGCUGUGACAGUUGUAGACUUGUUUUAAAGUCGCGUAGCCUCAUAGAUUUGACCUUGAAACCAAUAUAGGUUUCCUAAAAUCUGCUUCUAAACCUGCUUUUUUAUUACUUUUUUACCACUAAGCGACCAACUUGUAGAUCAAUGUGACGAUCUCAAGAGCCAUUAUUGGGACAGAAUUAAUUUGAAAUUGUGAUGUACUCAUGAUAAUGUACAUUUGUAUUAAAGGGGUUGUGUUAUGAGGGAAAGAAAAGAGCGUAUAUUUCU